AUGGCCUACUCGUGCCAAAAGUACCGCCGUCACGUUUACAGUCCCUGCGUCUACUACCUACGCUACAACUCGGGCAAGGUUGUCAACCUCUCCCCGGCACUGGUAGGCUUCUGCAGCAAGUGCGCCCAGCUGUUCCAGUACGUCAACUACAAGUAA